CACUUUUCCUCUUCAACUAGAACCUCCAGCUGUGAGAAGUUAUUUAAGAAACAUCUCCACUAUGAACAAGAAAAAUAAAAGCUCAAUUUCAGGAUUUAUUUUUAGCUAAACGUGUUAGGGUUAGGAUUCAUUUUUUUAUUUUUAUGAGGAAUACGUGUCCUGCUUUCACCUAAUGUCAGCUGGGACCAGCUGCAGGAUCUUAUGCUGCCACUUCAGGGUCAGUGUCGUCUCCUGAAGGAUACAAUAACAACACAGACUGAAAACCAUCUCCUGUUGCCAACAUUGUUUAAGCCUAGAGAGAUUUAUGCUCCAACGCAGUAGAGCGAAAGUAAUGAUUGACGCUUUGCUAGUAAAUGUAUCUUUUUUUUGGUCUCUGCCACCUGAUCUCAACCCGCUGUCGUAACCUUCAUCUUCUUGUCGACUGAAAGCAAAGUAGCACCAUGAAAUUUGACAGCAUACUCACAGAAAUUGACGGAUUUGGGAAAUUCCAAAUCAGGCUCAUUUUGAUUCAGAUCUUGUCUCGUAUUUCUCUGCCAUGUCACUUCCUGCUGAACAACUUCAUGGCAGCUGUUCCCUCUCACCACUGCAACAUCACGGCUCUGGAUGAUGGAGGCAUCUUCGGGAAUUUAACUCGGGAACAGAAACUGUCUGUUGGUGUGCCAUCAGAGCAGGAUGGGACUCUGAGCUCCUGUCAGAUGUUUUCAGAGCCCCAAUAUCAACAUCUGUCCGGUCCGAACAGUACUGAGGAUGCAGUGACUGUUCCGUGUGCGGACGGAUGGGUGUAUGACAACAGCACGUUUAAAUCUACGCUGGCCACCGAGUGGGAUCUUGUGUGCGGCAGGAAAUCGAUGAACAAGGCAACAGUCACCUUUUUCUUCCUCGGUGUCAUGUGUGGAGCCCCGUUAUUUGGGUUUCUCAGUGACAGGUAUGGCCGACGACCGCUGCUAUUGGCGUCUUAUAUGUCCUCCUUGAUGUUUGCGGUCCUGAGUGCAUUCUCCCCAUCGUACGUGGUGUUUGUCAUCAUGAGGUUCUUUACCGGAAUGGCACUCUCAGGAAUGAGCAUAAUCUCCAUUGCUCUAAAUGUUGAAUGGUGUGGAAUUGCACAUAGGACCUUCUCUGGUGUAAUCAUAAGCCUGGAUUGGACACUUGGAAACAUGCUUCUGGUUGGAAUUGCAUACAAUGUCAAUCAUUGGAGGAUGCUCAUUGUAGCAGUGACCUCACCUUUGAUACUGUCCAUCAUUACUUGGAGGUGGCUUCCAGAGUCUGCAAGGUGGCUCUUGGCAAACGGGAAGGCAGAUGCUGCACAUAAGUACUUAAUGCAAUGUGCCAAGAUGAACAACAGAAUGAAGUAUAUGGCCACCAUCACACCAACGGAAUUAUUGGAAACUGCACAAGAUGAAACUGAGGAUAAGAAGUACACCUUUUGGGAUCUUUUCAAGACCCCAAAUAUGAGGAAAAUUUCAAUAUGCUCAGGAAUAGUAUGGUACGGAGUAGCGUUGACAUAUUAUGGGAUAAGUCUGAAUAUCACCGGGUUCGGACUAAACCCGUACCUCACACAGGUCAUAUUUGCAUCCAUCGAAAUGCCAAUAAAGAUCGGUGUGUAUUUCUUCCUGGAGAAAGUUGGUCGACGGUCUGGUGAGACGGGAUCCCUGCUGUCAACCGGUCUCUGUCUCUUCAUCAACAUCUUUGUUGCAAAAGAAAAAUGGAUCUUCCGUACUGUUGUGGCAGUCAUUGGAAAAUCCAUGUCAGAAGCCUCGUUCACGAUCAUCUUCCUCUACACAACUGAACUCUUUCCCACAGUCAUACGACAGAAUGGUUUAGGCUACACUUCCUUUGUGGCGCGUCUGGGCGUGUCCAUCUCUCCACUCAUCGUGCUAUUGGAGGACGUUUGGCAUCUCCUCCCUGCAAUCAUUUAUUGUGCGGUGGCGGUCGGAUCCGGUUUAGUGUCUUGGCUCCUGCCUGAAACACUAAACACCCGACUGCCGGAAAACAUCGAGGAUAUUGAGAAACCAAGGGGACAUUCCACGAGGAACAAGGAUUUUCAAAAAGAAUCUAAUUUAUUGAUAAUGACAGAUACCCUGCCAGUCAAAAUGAAUACUUAAACCAACAGUCUGUCAGGAUUCAACAUAUCCAAAGACAUACUGAUUAAAUGGUGUCCUGCACUGAAUAAUGUCGAAGAAACAGAAAAUGUGCAUGUAGUUCUCAAUGACAACACCACUAAAAAUCUGUACUGAGCAGCUCUGUUGCAUCCUUGAUUUUUAAUGCUGUCUUUGUGUAUGCUGACCAAUAAUGAGCCAACAUUUUCAUUGAAUCAAGACAUUAAACCUUUUACCUCACCGAU